AUGCAGUUUUUCAAGAUACUUGACGCUUCCAGCCAUAAAAACGAACGAUUGGAGCUUCCAAAAGAAUUUAUCGUCAAGUACGGGAAGGAACUGUCGUACCAUGCAAUUAUUAAGGUUCCCAAUGGUAUCUGGCAUAUAGGAUUAAGGAAUGCUGAAGGUGCAAUGUUGUUCGAGAACGGUUGGCCACAAUUUAUGGAGUUUUACUCCAUUUGUGUUGGACAUGUAUUACUUUUCAGAUAUGAUGGGGAUUCUAAAUUUCAAGUUCAUGCAUUUGGCAUUGAUGCUACCGAGAUAGAAUAUCCAUCUCAUAAUCCCAUACAUUCUGGCGGUACUCACAGCAAUAGUGAACCUUCCAUGUCAAGCGAUUCCCCUCUUAAUUCUGGGAGUACUCAAAGCAAUUAUGAAGCUUCCAUGUCAAGUGAAUCCUCUUACGAUCAGAAUGCCGAACCUGGGAGACAAGAAUUUUCCCAAAAAAGAGCAAAACAAAGGACGGUUAUACCUACAAGAAUUCAUACCAAGGCAUUCAAGGCAAUACUUGAAGCAGCUGAAGCAUUUAAGUCUGAGAAUCCAUCCUUCAAGCUCAUUCUGCAAGCCUCACACUUUAAAGGAACCGUGAAGGUGCCAAUUGCUUUUACAAGCUUAUUUUUGAGAAACGUAACACGGAUGGUGAUCACCCUUGGCAUUUCAGAUGGGAGAACCUGGGAAGUCGGAUAUGUUUCUCGAACAUAUAAUGAAAAAACAGAAAGUACGCUGUCUAAGGGCUGGUGUAAAUUCCUUGCAGAUAAUCAUUUGAUGGAAGGCGAUGUUUGUGUCUUUGAACUAGUCGAUAGGGAAAAAAUCAAGAUGAAUGUUCAAUUUUUCAAACAACAAAAAGCAUUUGCCAGGAAGAUUAAUCCUAAAAUAAGAUAUUAUGCUGCGGAAUUCAAGGCAACGCGUGAAGCAGUCAAAAAGUUUACGUCUGACAAUCCUUUCUACAAGAGGGUACAUUUGGCUUUUGCAACCUCACAUUUCACAAACAUAACACGGAUGGUGAUUACUCUAAGGGUUUCUGAUGGGAGAACCUGGGAAGUUCGAUAUGUUUCCCGAUCACCAAAGCAAAAAGUGCUAUCUCAAGGCUGGCAUAAAUUUGUUGCAGAUAAUGAUUUGAAAGAAGGCAAUGUUUGUGUCUUUGAACUAGUUGAUAGGAAAAAUGUCAAAAUGCUUGUUCACAUUUUCAGACAACAAAAACCAUCUGCCAGGGAGCUUACUCCUAAAUCAAGUAAAUAUACUGCACAAUUUCAUGCAACGCUUGACGCAGCCGAAACAUUUACGUCUAAGAAUCCUUUCUUCAAGGUCGUUAUGCAAGCUGCACAUAUGAAAAAAGGAAUGCUGAGGGUACCUGCGGCUUUUGGAACCCAACAUUUGACAGACAUAACACGGAUGGUGAUCACUCUUAAGGUUGCAGAUGACAAAACCUGGGAAGUCAAUUAUGUUUCUGGAACACCAACUGAAAGAAGGAUAUCUCUGGGCUGGCGUGAAUUUGUUGCGGAUAAUGAUCUGAAGGAAGGGGAUGUUUGCAUCUUUGAACUAGUUGAUUUUGGGAAGAAAUUGAAGAUGAAUGUUCACAUUUUCCGACUAGUACAAGAUAUGGCAUAG